CUCAUGGAUUCGAGGACGGUUAGUUAACUUCAAUCUGUUGCCACUCAGCAAUCCCUUUUCCUUUUCUUCACUUACAAAAUUAUAUCCUUCUCUCUCUAAAACCCUCAUCAGAGUUUUCUCUCUCCAACAAAAUGCAAAUGCGAUUGCGAGUGCUCUUCGUUCUCCUCAUUCUCUCUUUCUCCUUACAAUGCCUCCUCUCUGAUGCUGAUGCUGAUGUGAAGCCUGAAGAUGUAAACGAUGUCCUAAAUGCUUCUGAGUUCAACUCGUCUAGAUCUACAUUCGCUAACAUGAUCGAUCAAGCUCUCGAAAAGGAGUUUAACGAGACUGACGACAAGGCAGAUGUAACUGAUCACAGAAGCUUCAACAAUAGUGUGGCGGAGCAAGAGGCAGUUUUGGAAACUGUUGCAAGGGUCAAGCCCAAGAAGAAUGAGACAAAGGAGGAAAAGUCAUUCCAGUUGCAUGAUGUUUUCCACUUGGAGAAUGACAAUGGAGCUGAAGAUACACCUACCUUGAUAGAUCGAAAGGAUAAUGUCUUUAUCAUGUCUAAUCGCAAGUCGAAGUUUCCAGUGCUGCAGCUAGACUUAAGAUUAAUAUCAGAUCUCGUUGUUGUCAUUGUUUCUGCAACUUGCGGUGGGAUUGCCUUUGCUUGUGCUGGACAACCGGUUUUCACAGGAUAUUUGCUAGCAGGAUCUGUUAUUGGACCUGGGGGUUUUAACUUUGUCAGCGAAAUGGUGCAGGUGGAAACAGUUGCUCAGUUUGGCGUUAUUUUUCUUCUAUUUGCAUUGGGUUUGGAGUUCUCCACGGCGAAGCUUCGCAUUGUUCGAGCUGUUGCUGUGCUAGGAGGGUUACUCCAAAUAUUUCUCUUCAUGUGUUUGUCUGGUAUAACAGCCUCGUUAUGCGGUGGGGAAGCAUGUGAAGGUGUUUUUGUCGGCGUUUUCUUAUCAAUGUCUUCGACAGCAGUGGUGUUGAAAUUUUUGAUGGAAAGAAAUAGUGUUAACACCCUCUAUGGGCAAGUCACCAUUGGAACUCUUAUUCUGCAGGAUUGCACGGUUGGUUUGCUAUUUGCUCUGCUUCCUAUUCUAGGCGGUACUUCUGGUGCACUUCAAGGAAUGUUUUCCAUGGCGAAAUUAUUGGUUGUUCUGGUCACAUUCUUGACCAUUUUGUCAGUAUUAUGUCGCACCUGUGUACCUUGGUUUCUUAGGCUAAUGAUAGGCCUAUCUUCACAGAAUAAUGAAAUGUAUCAACUUGCAUCUGUGGCUUUCUGCUUGCUUGUUGCUUGGUGUAGUGAUAAACUGGGAUUGAGUCUUGAGCUGGGUUCUUUUGCUGCCGGAGUGAUGAUAUCAACAACCGAUCUGGCUCAACAUACACUUGAACAGGUUGAACCUAUACGGAACUUCUUUGCUGCUCUUUUUCUAGCAAGCAUUGGAAUGCUUAUCCAUGUUCAUUUUCUUUGGAAUCACAUUGAUAUCUUAGUAGCAGCUGUUAUAUUGGUCAUUGUUAUAAAAACUAUAGUAGUUGCUGCAGUUGUCAAGGGUUUUGGUUACACCAAUAAGGCUGCAAUUCUUGUUGGAAUGUCUCUGGCUCAAAUAGGAGAGUUUGCUUUUGUUCUUCUUAGCCGUGCUUCAAAUCUUCAUCUAAUUGAGGGUAAAGUGUAUAUGCUGCUUCUGGGCACAACUGCACUUAGCUUGGUGACCACGCCUUUGCUUUUCAAGCUAAUUCCUGCCAUUGUGCAUCUUGGAGUACUACUGCGGUGGUUCUCGCCUGAAAUUCCCAAUGAGGACCCAAAGGAGAGAUCCUACGUGCAGACAGUUCUAAGCGUAUCAGUGUACUGAUCCAAGGAUCCCGUGAUUCAUGAUAGUUGCAUAAAAAAAUAUGAAGCAGCAAAAGAAAAUCUCAAUGUUACCUGAUGGCAUUCUGAUGCUAGAAGACAGGAGAGCAAAGGAGGUUGACUGGACAGUUCAUAAUCAUGAAGCUCAUAUGCACCGACAUCAGGUAGUUUUCUUUGAUACAUCGGAGAGGUUGCACAAUGUAGAGCCCUUGACCUAUCUGCCAACAUUUUAUGGCAUUUAUUUUUUGAUAUUACUUCCCAAUUAGGUGCUACAUAGGAUCAUGUCCAUUUGUAAUGCAAUUGUUUAUAUUCUCUAGUUUGAUGUUAGUUUUGUUUUCCUGGGGUAACAGCCCUCUCAAUAUCACUCUGUAAAUAGAUGAUCAACAUAUUAAUGUAAGAAUUAUAGUUGGGUA